AUGUUAAUAUCAAUAAUGGCCCGUUAUUUUCGUGAACAAGACAUCGAUGAGUUUCGUGAGUGUUUCUACCUUUUUGCACGCUCUGGUCAAAUAAAUUCUGUAGAUGAACUCACAGUCGUAAUGAGGUCUCUGGGUCUUGCUCCAACUAUACAAGAGAUUAAAGCAUAUUUAACAGCCCGUGGAGGAAAAUUAAGCUUUGCUGAUUUUUUAGAAGUAAUGCAUAAGCAUUCACAAAGCGAGAACUUGCCGGCUGAAGUUAUUGCUGCUUUUAAGUCCGGUGACCCGACUGGCAGUGGUCUUAUUCCAGCAACUCAAUUAAGGCAUCUUUUAAGAUACUGGGGUGAGGGUUUAAGCGAAAAGGAAGUAGAUAAUAUAUUUAGAGAAGCAAAUGUAACAAAAAAUUCUCAAGUUCGCUAUCAGGAUUUCAUUAAAAUAGCUUGCGCCCCAGUUCCUGAUUACUAUUAAUAGUAAUAGUUUUUGGUAACUUUACACAAAGGUGUUGGCUAAAUGUAUAAUAAAGUUAGUUACUUUGCACAAUAUCACAGAGUAUUUUUAUAAAUAAAAU